AUGCGUGCACUGACGGAGGACGAGACACGGCGGCUCUUCGACAAGCUCGCACAGUACAUCGGGCCCAACACCGCGCAGUUGCUGCAGCGCCGCGGCGAGGCGGAGCCGUACGUGUUCCGACUGCACCGCAGCCGCGUGUGGCACAUGCCGCAGCGCCUCGCCCGCCUUGCCAGCUGUGUCGCCAAGUCGAACCUUAUGGGCAUCGGCGUGCUCGUCGCGAAGGUGACGCACAACGGCCACAUGCGCAUUCAGGUCACCGCGCUUGACUACAUCGCACAGUACGCGCUCUUCAAGGUGUGGGUGAAGCCGAACCAGGAGCAGAAGUUCCUCUACGGCGGCCACGUCACGCGCGCCGGGCUGGGCCGCAUCACCGAGGCGACGCCCAAGUACCAGAAAGUCGCCGUCUUCUCGAUGGGCGACGUCCCGCUUGGCUUUGGCGUCGCCGCGCUCGGCACGCUGGAGUGCCGCAAGUGCGAGAUGAACGCGACGGUGCUCUUCCACGAGGCGGACGUUGGCGAGUACCUGCGCAACGAGGCGAAGCUCACAUGA